GUAUAAAAUUAUACUCGAACUUGUGUAACCACAUAGACUACAAAAAUGAGAAAAUACAUUCAGUUUGCCACUUGUGUGUAUCUAACUUCCCUUGUGGCCGUCAAAGCUGCAAUUUUAGGGCCGCGGAUUGUCAACGGUGAGGUCGCCCAAGAAGGACAAUUUCCAUGGCAAGUGGGAGUUGUAGCCACUAGAGCCUUUGAACUUCACUACUGCUCUGGUUCCAUUAUCAGUGAGUCGUGGAUAUUAACAGCUGCACACUGUAUAUACGAUGCCGACGAAAUUGUAGUUCUUUAUGAUACAUUAAACUUAGACGACGUUGAGAACACGAGUUUGAGUAUAACAAUGGACUAUGUUGUCCACAACAACUAUGACAACACUACUCUGACAAACGAUAUUGGAUUGGUUCAUCUCAAUUCGUCUUUAUCUUUGAGUGAUACUGUUCAAGCUAUUGCUUUAGCUGAAGAUGAACUAGCUUCUGGAAGUGAAGUUACUGUGAUUGGGUGGGGAAGUACCGGCGACGACGAUCAUAGUGAAAAUUACACUGUACUACGCUACAUCACCGUCAACACCAUUGACAACGAGGAGUGUGUAGCAGCUUAUGGACCAGACGUGGUACAACCCAGCGUAGUGUGUACUAAUCCUGGUACUCCCGUAAAAAACCCAUGCAGGAGUGAUGGUGGUGACCCUGCUGUUGUUAAUGCAGAUACUGAUCCUGUCCAUGUCGCUAUAUUCAGCUUUUUGAGUACUUAUGGGUGCGAAGAUCCUGAUUUUCCAGCUGGAUUUACAAGGACUGCUUAUUACAGGGACUGGAUUAAAACUGUGACUGAAAGUAGCAUCUAUAUAAACAGUAGGCCAUCACUGCUCGAUAGUACUUUAAUCACCAUAAUGUUGCGUUUCUUGGUAGUACUUUUGUCUGUUUCUUCAAUUUGGGCUGCAUCUUUAGAUGGGCUUAAGCCGGUACCUGUUAAGGACAUUGGGCCUCGAAUUGUAAAUGGUGAGGCAGCUGAAGAGGGACAGCUACCAUGGCAGGUGGCCAUAAUGGGAAGAUCAGCUGCUGUUCCCUUGUACCUGUGUGGUGGUGCCUUGAUUAGCGAUGAAUGGGUACUAACUGCUGGGCACUGCGUAGACGGGGCAAGAUCGGCUACUAUUUACUCAGGAUCAGUGAAAAUAGACUCCCCCAAUAGAACUGUGUCUCAAUCUACCACUUUCAUUCUACACGAAGAGUACGACGGGGUGUACCUGACUAACGACAUCGGACUGAUAAAGUUAGAUAAGCCUGUAACCUUUAACGACAAUAUUCAAGCAAUCGCUUUAGCUGAAGAUGAACUUGGGGCUGAUGUUGCUGUCACAGUAAGUGGGUGGGGUAGCGUAAGUGAUAACGAUCCAGAUCCGUACGCCGAAACCCUCUAUUACAUCAACGUUUCCACUAUAGAGAACAGCGAUUGUGUGAGAACCUACGGGAGCCAGAUCGUUUAUCCUGGAUUGGUUUGUACUGCCACUGGAGAUCCACUCAAAAGUCCGUGUCUUGGUGACAGUGGAGCUCCUGUUGUGGCUAAUGCCGAUACGGAUCCACUACAUGUGGCCGUCUUCAGUUUUGUUAACGGUUAUGGGUGCGAGUACCCGUUUCCAGCAGGAAAUACCAGGACUGCUUACCAUAGAGACUGGAUUAGGGAAAAUACGGGAAUUUAGGUGUUUUGCUUUGGUGAAAAAAUAAACACGUACAAAAA